UUGACCGUCAAUUUCGUCAAACCAUUGUCGAAAUAAAAACCCGAAAAUGGCACAAACAGCCGGCGUACAACCAUUCCCAAUCGCUGGACGCGUUGCCUCGGAAAGAGAGAGAUGUAUUGGUAUGACCGAAGCUGAAAGAGAAUGGCGGAAGCAGUGGCUCAAAGACCAAAUCCUGUCCCCAUGCGAACCUGCCUAUGUUGAGGAGUACUGGAGGGAGAGAACUAACCCAAUCCGGCGCAUGUAUCGCUUACCCCUUGAUGUUACUUUCGGAGUUCUAUCCGGAGUCUUAGGAGAGAAUAGAGCAGCUGACUAUCGCUAUAUAGCAGGCAAGUUGGGGUUGAUUACAAUUGGAAUUUUAUGCACCCACUACUAUUUCAAGUAUAGUGGUAAUGAUUGGACAAAAAAAGGCGGUUUCCGCGUUGUAAAAUCUAAGCCCCUGGUCCUACCAGGCCAAGAAGGAUUCCCGUUUAUAACUAACAGAAAAAUGGAUGAUUACGCCGAGAGAGGUUUUAAGUCUUCCGUUUUGUAUGCUAAAUAGAUUAUUAAAGCUUGAAGCGGUAAAAAU